AUGCAACAGGCGUCAACGACAGCAGCCGUGGCCGGAGGCGUGCAGGAGCUCGUCCCGCUGCGCUCACACGUUUGUCUGCCGGGCGAUCCUGUGCUGCUGCUGGACCCAACGGCGGUGGUGGCGCUUGGGAACGGCCUCCGUCCCGUCUCGCAGGCCCCGACACACGGCGGCGGCGGCGGCGCCACCACUGCUGCCGCCGGGGAUGGGGGAAACACGGUAGUGGUUGCAGAGCUCUGUGGACCGGUGACGUGCAGCGUGGGGCCGAACAAUGUGCGGCGGUACACGAUCGACGCCUCCGCUGCUCGCCGCUACGUGUACGCUCCGCGGGACCCCGUCGUGGCGGUGGUCCUGAAGAAGACGACGAGCUACUGCUACUGCUACACCGGCGCGGCGAUGCCGGCGGUGCUCGAUGCGCUGAGCUUUGACGGAGCCACCAAGUCGAGUCGGCCGCGGCUGCAGGAAGGCGACGUCGUCUACGCGUUUGUGAAACCGAAGCCGGCCGCCACCGCCGCCGCCGCCGUGGAGGAUGCCUCGGACGAGGUGGAGCUGAGCUGCCUGGCGGGGGACGUGGGCCUCGUCGCGAAGGACUGGACCUCCGCCGAGGCGGUGUUCGGGCCACUUGCGGGCGGCACGGUGGUGCGGGUCCCGAUUCCGUACGCCCGCAGUCUGCUCGCGGACGACGGCGCUGCCGCCCCCCUCCUCUCGCAGCUGGGGGCGCGGGUGCCGUUCGAGGUCUGCGUCGGCGUGAACGGGCUUGUGUGGGUGCGGGGGCAGGCCAGCGACGUGGACGCGGCGGCGGCGGCGCGGCGCACGGUCGCGGUGGCCGCCUGCAUCGUGGAGGCGCAGGACGACGCGACGCCGGAGGAGAUGGAGCGCCGCGUGCGGAGUUAUUUUCCGGGGGAAGUUAACUAA